AUGACUACCACUCCUUACUCUAUUCCAAAGCCAUUUAAAGUUUGCAUUAUCGGUUCCGGUAAUUGGGGAACUGCUGUGGCCAAGUUGGUGGCAGAGAACACUGCAGAAAAACCACAAAUCUUUGAAAAAGAUGUUCAAAUGUGGGUUUUUGAAGAACAAAUCGAGGGUAAAAAUCUUACUUCCAUUAUCAAUGAACAACAUGAAAAUGUCAAAUACUUGCCCGGAAUCAAGCUUCCUGAAAACUUGAUUGCUAAUCCUGAUGUGGUAUCCACUGUGGAAGGCGCUGACCUUUUGGUGUUCAACAUUCCUCAUCAAUUUCUUCCUCGUGUUUGCAAGCAAUUGGUGGGUAAGGUUUCUCCAAAUGCCCGUGCCAUCAGUUGUCUUAAGGGUCUCGAGGUUAACUCUGAGGGAUGCAAAUUGUUAUCCCAAUCCAUCACUGACACUUUGGGAAUAUACUGUGGUGUAUUGAGUGGAGCCAACAUUGCUACUGAAGUUGCCAAGGAACGUUGGUCGGAAACCACCAUUGCAUACUGUGUUCCUCCUGACUUCCGUGGAGCCGGUCACGACGUAGACGAAUACGUUUUGAAGCAAUUGUUCCACAGAACAUAUUUCCAUGUUAGAGUGAUUCAGGAUGUUGCUGGUGCUUCCAUAGCCGGAGCAUUGAAAAAUGUUGUUGCUAUUGCUGCUGGUUUCGUCGAGGGUGCCGGCUGGGGAGACAAUGCCAAGGCUGCGGUGAUGAGAAUAGGACUCAAGGAGAUUAUUCACUUUGCUUCUUACUACAAGAAGUUUGGAAUCAAAGCUCUUGUGGACCCUCAAUCCACCACAUUUACCGAAGAAAGUGCCGGUGUUGCCGACUUGAUCACCACCUGUUCCGGUGGUAGAAACGUCAAGGUUGCCCGUUACAUGAUCGAGCACAAGGUGGAUGCUUGGGAAGCCGAAAAGACUUUGCUCAAUGGUCAAUCAUCGCAAGGUAUUUUGACCGCAAAAGAGGUGCACGAAUUGUUGGAAAACUACGACUUGAAACAAGAGUUUCCUUUGUUCGAGGCCACAUACAAGGUGAUCUACGAGAACACCGAUGUCAACGACUUUCCAACGGUGUUGGAAGCCGACGAUUAA